CCUGACAAGUCAUUCAUUCAUCAUCUCUCAUUCAUUGAUGUGAUGAUUGAAAAAAUAUCGCUACAGUACAAAACACUGUUUAUUAAUUUAUUCGUAGCAAUUUUGAAAUAGUUUGUGUUUACGUGGAUUUUUUUACCAUGGAAGAGUUUGUGGAAGUUAAUCAAAUAUCGGAUUUUAUCUCAUACCUCCGCAGUAUUGAAUGGCGCGACCCAUGGCUGAUGGCUCUCAUAUCAUUCCACAUCAUAAUAACGUUCACAUGUUUUUCGACGAGGAACUACGGAAACUUUCAAGUUAUCUUGUUCAUAAUAUUAUUGUUGCUAGUCUACUUUUCGGAGAAUAUCAAUGAGGUUGCUGCAAGGAACUGGGCCUUAUUUUCUAGACAGCAGUACUUCGAUAGUAAAGGCCUGUUUAUAUCGGUCGUGUUUUCCAUCCCGAUACUGUUAAACUGUAUGAUAAUGGUGGGCUCGUGGCUAUACCAAUCAACGCAGAUCAUGACAAACUUAAAGAAGGCACAGCUGAGACAGCGCUUGAAAGAAAUGAACAUGAACCGCGAACUACAGCAGCAUCUGAAGGCAGAGUAAUCGGUCAAGUCAAUUAUUGUGUCUGAUCACAUGCUUCCCGAUGCAAGAAGACGUAAGUGCCAUUAUCAAACAUUCACAAUGACUGUAUAUACGAUUUGUGAUAAUUAUUAUAGUAAACAGAAGGUGCAAUAAAAUUAAGUUUGCUAGAUUCGGCUAGAAAUUUGAUUUUGAUAUAUAUUUGUAUGUUAUUAUUUUUCGCGUUAGUAAUACAGAAAUAAUAAAUAACACAUAGUUCUAUAAGGUGGACAGGCAUUUUUGUUAUUAAUUUUCUGUAAAAUCGCUGUUACAAUUUUAAAUGAAGUAUUUUUAAACAUUAGACAUAGUAAAUGUCCUAAAAAUCACAGAAACACCACUAUUUAGAAUAAUAAAUUGUUAGUAGAUUAGAUUUUAAACUAUAUGCAUUGAAAUAGUUACAUCUCAUAAUAAUUACGCGGCAACAUUGAGAUAAAUAAUAAUUUGAAUGAGUAUGGAAAUGAACGUUCUGCCUAUAGUAAUGUUACGUCCAUAUCUAGUGAAUAUUGUCGUAGAAAUAAUAAUAAGAGACCGAGUUGCCGACGAGUAACGUAUCGAAGACUGAGUUGUGUAUAGUGUGAAUUGGAAGUCAUUUUACUUUUUAAGUUUCAUCCUCUGACAAUCUAUACGACCCCUACCGUGAGUCUAUCCGCUCCAAGAUUAAUUUGCCUUAAUUUCGUACACAUCACUUUCAAAUUCUAGUUGUAAACUCAUGGUAGGGGUAAUUGUUUUCUUUUUCAUUGUGUAUCUGUAGGUAGCAAACGUGUACAUGCUUAACACUGUUUUUAUUAUUCCUUUAAGCAAAGGUGAUUUUUAUUUUGUUUUAUGCUUAAAUAAAGGAAUUGAUCGAA